AUGCUGGUAGCGAUGUCGAGGACCUAUCUGUCCAUUAGCCAAAUUACUGAUGAGUCGAGAAACUGGACUGCGCUUAUUCAAGUCGUUGAGAGGGCACCUAUUCAAACAAGCAAAAUUGAUUCACAAGUGCUCUAUCGAAGAUACUUAUUCAUGGAUGGAGAGGGUACCAGAGUAGCUGCUGUAGUGUACAAACCAGCCAUGGAGGAGUUCGAUGGUAUGCUGCUUCUGCACAAGCGAUACUACCUUACUGGAGCAAAAGAAGAAGUGCCCCCUCAGCUGCCAUGCCAAAUCGAAGUUCAUCCGUUUGUGGACUUGCACAAAUACGCGGAUACAGAGAACCCUAGAAGUGAGUUCAUUUAG